AUGGUCAUGGUCAUGCGCCAGGCCAAUACAAGCUCCUCUUACGGAGGUCUUCGCCUCGCAACACAAGCAACCAAGGAGUUGCCGAAAGCAAGCACGCCGCCGCCGGCACCGACGCCGUUGCCGGAUGCACCGCUGUUUAAGGCGAAGAAGUUGGAAGACUGGCUUGGGCCAGAAAGCUUCCAGUACAAGGGCCUGUUGGUAUCGAGAGAGCCUACGUGGAAGGACUGCCAAGACGUCGUGGACCGAGUUGCAAACCGAGGGGAGUUCGGUGAGGACGACGACAUCAAGGUCAAAGGAGUCUCGGCCAAGGAGGACCUCGUCGCCGUAGCUGACAAGCUCCUUGUCAAAGUGAAGCUGCCGGAGGACGUGUGCGAGGCCAUCCGCCGCGACGUCCUCGAAGUGGGCGCGACGGUGCGCAGCCUCUGCCCAUGGAGCGAUGGCUUAGACUUCAAGCUUGAAAUCAUUGGAGAAAACAGCUGCACCAGGUGGCACCGCGACAACUAUUGCGCCAGGGCCAUUGUCACCUACAACUCGGGAGGCACGGAGUAUGCAGCAGAUGCAAACGUCGAUUUCUGGGAGCUGGAAAACUGCGGCAACAAUGCAUGCAUUAUCAAAGAUCCUUCGGAGGUCUGCGCUGUUGGUGUAGGGGAUGUGCUGUUCAUGAAGGGCCAGAAGUUUCCCAAAGGGCCCAGGGGCUUGGUCCACAAGUCGCCAGAGAUCCUGUACCACUACAACGGCCUGGUUGUGAACCGCUUGGUUCUCAAGGUGCGCAGGCUGAAAGACAUUGUCGAGGAGCUUGUCGCGUACACUGGCCGUCAGUCUAUUCUCUUCAUUGCCGGGAUCAUCAACACCGCCAUGCUGAUCACGCUGACCUCCCACUUUCUGUCCUGCGCAUGGUACUUCGUUGGACGCAACUCACAGGACGAGGGAAAGCAGUCUUGGCUGGAGAUCGCGAAUGCAGCGGAGGUCGCCGCUUUUACCCAGUAUAUGCACUCGCUCCGCUACGUCAUCAAUGCUCCGGCACCCCCGCGUGUAGCACCAGACAACGGUGGAGAGCUUCUUGUGGACAUCUGCAUCAACAUCAUGGUGCUCAUGGUUCUCGGUACGGCGGUAUCGAAGAUUUCUAGCACCCUGAUCGAGCUCCGGGCUAUGAACGAGGUGAGGGAUCGACAGCGACGGGAGAUCCGGCUGUAUCUGACACGGCAAAACACCCCCUUUGAGCUCAUCACCCUCAUCAUGAAGUUCGUGGAUUACAGGUUGGACAAGACAUCGGCCAUAAGCUUCGACGAUGGGCUGAUCUCCAAAACUCUGCAGCACGAGCUCUACCUGAGCCAGCGGAGCGGCUUUUUGGAGCAAAUCCCCAUACUGUCUCUCUGCCAGGCCGUCUUCCCUGAGGUCUUCGCCGAGAUCUGCGCCAUGCUUGAGAGGCAUGUCUUUGAGCGGAAGGAGAAUGUCUUUACCACCAACUCUUGGGCUACCCAGAUGGACGUCACCACGAGUGGGAGCUACACCCUGCUUUCCACGGGCCGGGCCCCUGAACAGGUGCAGGGAGUGCGCUGGUUUUCCGAGGCGUGCCUCUACAUAGAAGGUCUCAUUCACGAGGGCGCGUUGAUUGCCAAGACCUUUGCAGAGACCUUCUCUUUGGAAGGGGACGCCCUGGUCCGGUGCCUGAAGAACUCGCCCGGAUCCAGCCGCAUGUACAUCGAAUAUGCCAGAGACUUUCUGGCCUUCAUGCAGCAGAGCGAUGAACCUUAUGCGCAGGAAACCCAGAUCCAGGCAGGAGAGCUGGCCUGUGUGCGCAACUCGAUUUUUCAAGAGUUGUACCCAGACCCUCGAACCCUGUUCAUCAACAUCGACAUUCGAGCGCUGUAUCGUGGUGAUGGCAACGGAGCCGAAGAUGAAGAAGAUGAAGAUACGGAGGAGAAAGACGAGGAGGAUUCGGAUGGCGCGAUCCAGGGUGGAGACGCGCUGCGGAGCGAGAUGACCAUGACGCAACAGCAGAGCUGGUUGGUGAGGCGCCAGAACACCGUCCGGGAGAUCAUGAAUUCCAA